UUUUUUCAACUAAACAUGAUACAUUAUAUGUUAUUGUUUUCCAGACAAGGUAAACUUCGUUUGCAGAAAUGGUAUGUAGCAUAUCCUGAUAAGGUUAAAAAGAAAAUCACACGUGAAUUGGUCACAACAAUUUUAGCGAGGAAACCGAAGAUGUGUGCAUUUUUGGAAUAUAAGGAUUUGAAAGUUGUUUACAAAAGAUAUGCUUCUCUAUAUUUUUGUUGUACAAUUGAGCAGUCAGACAAUGAGCUUAUUUGUUUGGAAGUUAUUCAUCGUUAUGUUGAAUUAUUGGAUCGAUAUUUUGGAAGUGUUUGCGAAUUAGAUAUAAUUUUCAACUUUGAAAAGGCCUAUUUUAUAUUGGACGAAUUUUUGCUAGCUGGAGAAGUUCAGGAAACAAGUAAAAAGCAAGUUUUGAAGGCAAUCAGUGCUCAGGAUCUUUUGCAAGACGAGGAGACUACGCAAGGAUUUUUCGAAGAUAAUGGUCUUGGCCAAUUAACAAGGAUGGAAGAAGACCAAUCAUGCCGAAGGUCGUUUACAAUUAUUCCAAUCAAGGGAAUGGAGGCUAUUCAAAAAAAUUUUGCUUCUUAUGGGAAAGAUGGUGAUCGUGCAGCUGAGGAAUUCAUUCAACAGAAAAAGGUAUUUAAUUUCUUUAAAAGUUAG